UCUUUGCAAGUCAAAACAACAUUACAGUUGUUAAGUUAGGUCAGAGUGAGGAAAGUAUAAAAUCCUGCAAGGCCUGUAUGCUUAGACUCGGCGCGCACAAGGUUAUUGCAGACGGACUAUUCCUUGUAUCUUGCGCUAAGACCAUGAGUUGUAACACUACAUAUACCCCGUUACAACAGUACACGGAAACCGAGCCCAUACGAAUACUCCGCCUUGCCAUCUUUGCCAUAAUCGUAACGGUCUCGUUGUUGGGCAAUUGUGCGGUUGUUCUGAUUGUGUACAUAAAAAAGCGCCUGAAGACCUUAACAAACAUUCUGAUCUUCAACCUGGCCGUAGCAGAGCUGACCAAUACGCUAUGCUUGCCGCUAGUACAGACCUAUCUUGAGCUUAAGUCUUGGCCAUUUGGACAAGUUCUGUGCCACGUUCUCAUACCGUUACAGACGCUUGCUGGCAUAGUGGUGACGAGUACAGUUGCCGUGAUAGCUGUGUACAGGUGUAGGGUCUUGUUUCGUCCAGUUGCAACAAUCACCCAGCCUCGAAGUGUGGCGGUCGCUGUCUUAUCUUGCUUGUGGUUGAGCGCGUUCGUGUUGGUCCUACCCAGCUUCCUGCAGAGCUAACUAGUAAGUCAUCCGCAAAGUAACACCACGGCAUGGUGUCUAUUGCUUUUCCCCGGAGACGCUCUCGCCGAUUACCCGACACCUCGGGUACAAUUAUACACCGUUGUCACAUUCACGUUCAAUUACGCGCUACCUGCGUGCGUGAUGAUUGCUUCGUACGGAAUAGUCAUCCUUAAUUACCGCAAGCGCAAUCGAGUCUUCCAAAGAGCGAACAUGUUCGCGAAUGAGAAUGAAACGGAAAUAACGGACAUACGAUACAAUUCACGCGGCAAUGAAGGUCAACGGCUCUCCCUGUCUCAACAGCACGACCACACAAGCUCCAGCCCCAACAAAGACGAACAACGCGAACUCAACGUGCUUAAGAUGUGUUACGCGAUUGUCGGAGUAUUUUUGGUGUGCUAUUUUCCGUAUCAAGUGUUUUUUCUCUUGGAGUAUUUCAAGGUUGUUUCUUGGAUGAACUGGGAGUACUUCGACAUCACGCGGUCGUACGUCUACAUGGUCACUUGCCUUCCGAGCGCGCUCCACCCUGUCUUAUACGUGUUCAUGACCAAGUCCUUUGUUUGCUAAUCCGGAUCAAGUAGGAAGUCGAUCGAGUAAGUAGCUAGGAAAAAAAAUCACUACUGACGAGAGACUUUUUAUUACAGUAAACAUCCGCGUAUAUUAGAACCUUGAAUUUUCAAGAUCAGGCUGAAUAAGAAGCUAUUCUUCCCCAUCAGGCGGAUAAGGUUCUUAUAUAAAAUGGUCCUUAAAAUCAUCACAUUUACUCACACAAAAUAAAACAGGCAAACCCGGCAGUUAAAAAUAUGUCAAAAGUCCAUAGAAAACUUUCAGUUUUUUAUCCGAUCUCGAGUUAACCGGGUUCUUUUGAGUCAACAGUUCAUUUACUAUCAAAAACUCCAACAGUUUAUUAACUAUCAAUAUCCCCAACAGUUUAUUUACUAUCAAUAACUCCAACAGUUUAUUUACUAUCAAUAUCCCCAACAGUUUAUUUACUAUCAAUAUCCCCAACAGUUUAUUUACUAUCAAUAACUCCAACAGUUUAUUUACUAUCAAUAUUCCCAACAGUUUAUUUACUAUCAAUAUCCUCAACAGUUUAUUUACUAUCAAUAACUCCAACACUUUAUUUACUAUCAAUAUCCCCAACAGUUUAUUUACUAUCAAUAUCCCCAACAGUACAUUUACUAUCAAUAACUCCAACAGUUUAUUUACUAUCAAUAUACCCAACAGUUUAUUUUCUAUCAAUAACUCCAACAGUUUAUUUGCUAUCAAUAACUCCAUCAGUUUAUUUACUAUCCUAACCCAAACACUUUAUUUACUAUAAAUAACCCCAACACUUUAUUUACUAUCAAUAAUCCCAACAGUUUAUUUACUAUCAAUAACCCCAACACUUUAUUUACUAUCAAUAUCCUCAACAGUUUAUUUACUAUCAAUAACUCCAACACUUUAUUUACUAUCAAUAUCCCCAACAGUUUAUUUACUAUCAAUAUCCCCAACAGUACAUUUACUAUCAAUAACUCCAACAGUUUAUUUACUAUCAAUAUACCCAACAGUUUAUUUGCUAUCAAUAACUCCAUCAGUUUAUUUACUAUCCUAACCCAAACACUUUAUUUACUAUAAAUAACCCCAACACUUUAUUUACUAUCAUAACCCAAACAGUUUAUUUACUAUAAAUAACCCCAACAGUUCAUUUACUAUCAAUAACCCAAACAGUUUAUUUACUAUAAAUAACCCCAACAGUUUAUUUACUAUAAAUAUUCCCAACACUUUAUUUACUAUCAAUAAUCCCAACACUUUAUAUACUAUCAAUAUCCCCAACAGUUUAUUUACUAUCAAUAUCCCCAACAGUACAUUUACUAUCAAUAACUCCAACAGUUUAUUUACUAUCAAUAUACCCAACAGUUUAUUUACUAUCAAUAACUCCAUCAGUUUAUUUACUAUCCUAACCCCAACACUUUAUAUACUAUCAAUAAUCCCAACACUUUAUUUACUAUCAAUAAUCUCAACAGUUUAUUUACUAUAAAUAACCCCAACAGUUUAUUUACUAUAAAUUACCCCAACACUUUAUUUACUAUCAAUAAUCCCAACACUUUAUUUACUAUCAAUAAUCCCAACAGUACAUUUACUAUCAAUAACCCCAACACUAUUUACUAAAAGACAAAUCACUAGUUGAGGUGAUGCUUGUAUAACAUGCCUCAAUCUUCUUUAUUUUCGCGCAUCCUAAAUCUCGCGAAAAUGUUUUAGGCACAUUUCGCGAGUCUUCAAUUUCGCGAUCGCGGAGAAAAAUUGUGUUAAAAGGAGAUUUAAUUUCACGAAUUUUUUUAGAGGUUCCAGUGACUUUUUUCGAUUGAACAAUAAAAUGAAGUUAACCAACUACUGAAAUAAGACCAAAAUAAUUGAAACGAAACAAACACGCCGCCACUUAGCGGCUACUGAAUUUGGAUCGGAUCAAACGUCAGUUCCACAGUAAUGUGUGAGUGUUCCUGUCCUCUCGAGCAAUUAUCAAGCACCUUCAACGAUUUUUCUAUAUCCAUUAAAUUUCGCGAGAUCAAAGUUCGCGGUCCUUUUUUUCGCGAGUCUUUAAGUUUUUGAAAUCGCGAAAAACGCGAAUUUUGAGUACGCGUGAAAAUUAGCAUAAUAAGAUACAAGCAAGAUAGCAUACAAUAAUGGAAUUGAUUAUAUAGGCAGUAGUUACCUCGAGUGCGAUUCUAAUAAUACUUUAAGACCCGUGUUGAAUCAGGGUGUUUUAAAUGGUGUCCAACAAUAGUCCAGUUAAUACUUUAUUUAAGUUAACAAUACUUUUUAUCCUAUCUCGGUUUAACAGGGCUUCUUUACUAGUCAAUAAUCCCAACAUUGUUUUUACUCAGGGCCGUACGGUAGCAGUGUGUGGGGCACCGGGAGCAAGUCCCCUCCCUCAAUAUUCUAACAAAAUAUAAGAAAAUGACCAGUGUGGGCGUGGCUGGGCCUCCCCGAUACCUCCCCCCAAUAUUUCGAGGCUUGCUACAGUUCUGUUGCUAAGCAACAAAUCACUAGCUGAAGUGAGGCUAUUACCGGAAUGACAUACGACCAAGAGAGCAACAUAUCCAUGCUCUUUAAUCUCGAUACAGCAAAGUACGCCGAGAUAUUCAUGUACUAAAACAUUUUAUCUUAUACCUUUCUUCAACGGCCAUAAAGCGACCCAACGCCGUAAAAUGUUUUAUUACAUAUAUCUUUAUUACCUUUAUUAAGCGGCCAGAAAAUACGUAUUGUGGGUCGAUGCACCCUUCGAGUGGAAUUUUGCUUAAUAAAAUAAUGUGAAGAAGUAUUACUAGCUGAAACCUGCAAUGUGAACUCGUAAUCACUAAGCAUGAUAACAGCCCAAACCCAAAGACAAAGGAAAUUCUGGGGAAGUGUUUAGGCCAAAAUCUGCUAGCAUCCGCCAGUACCUCCAGCAUGAUAUUCACACAGCGCCAGCAACUAUCCAAGAAAGCUCGCACUGUUUGCCAACGGCGUCAUGACCCAUACAGAACCAACAACUUCAGUACUGUAGACUCUGCUAUACGCUCGCUUAAACACCAGACAUAUAUAAGGUUCGCAAACUGCUUCACAGCACCUCCAAACAUGGUAUAAAAAUAGCGUAUGCAUUGCUGGACUAGUGUCUUAUAUGGAUAAGUUGUUUGCCCACCACGUUGAAAGGUCUGCGAAGUAGUUCGUCAGUAUUUCCUUGUCUUGAGGACAGUUGAGCAGAACUUUGCACAAAAUGCUGUCCUAUAUGUUGGGUCUGUUUACAUGCUGACUGCAAGGAAUUAUAAAAAAAACCUUAUACGAAUCUCCCUUAAGAGGACAUUUGCUCGAUGUCUUGAGUGUCCGUGAACAAGAAUGCGUCUUGCAAGCGGACAACCCUCGUAUCGAACACUUUUCCCAGUUCCCGAGGUGCCCACUUGCCCACGAGUUGACUGUACAGUACUCGUAAAUCCAAAUUAAUUUUGAAUAAAAGUAAUUUUCUAUUUGACAUCGAUUAUCCAUCGCUAGCUAUCAUAUCGCUAAUGUUAAAGUUAAAAACUAUGCAAUAUAUCAAUAAAGAAUUAAAAUACAA